GGACACAAACAGAUUGUUAAGCUGCUUCUUGGGAAAGUGGCCGAGCUGAGUGUCAUUAAUAAGGAUGGAGACACGCCACUUCAUGAUGCUAUAUCUGGCGGAAAUACCGAAAUGGUCAAACUGCUCAUCGAAAAUGCUGGUGACCCAAACAUAACAAACAUCCGCGGGACUACGCCUUUGAACAGUGCUUCAAUGAGCGGAUAUGUUGAAAUUGUUAAAGUGCUCCUUGAGAAAGGUGGCGACUUAUCAGUUCCCGAUAAUGACGGGUUCACGCCACUUAAUAAUGCUUCCUAUAAUAUGUACGACCUUUGCACGACUUAUUUGCAGGCGCAACAGUCAUGA